AUGGUUUUGCCUGAACAAGCUCGAAGCACUGUCUUCGUCCCCAAGCCACGCAUCCCCAAUCCAGAAAAUUAUCGGGAGUACUUCUUCAGGGACAUCGACAGUGACGACGAAGGAGGGUGUGCAUCGGCCGAGUUCUUCUCCAGCAGGGUCAGAUGGAACAAGCCCAAGGGCGGGGCAUUGGAAUUCCCACCCAUUAAGACGAAACCCAACGAGCAGUCUAAUUGGGACGAAAGCGAGUGGAAGCGCACCUCCCGAGGCCCAAAGAACGAAUUUUAUAACAAGAAGAAAUGUCAGAAGCUCUUCUUGUUAAAUGACGACGAUAUGGCAGACCUUUGCUACACGAAGGAGCCUAUCCCGGGGAGGCCGAUAACUCACUGCGAGCAUAGCUAUCUCACAGAGGAAGUCGAAAGAAGGGCAUGGGAAAAAUAUGGAGGACCUCAGGGGUUUGCAGCAGCCAAGAAGCUAGCUGCUGAGAAGCAGAAGGCAAAGCGCAUAAAUGGCGGGACACCCAGUCCGAAGAAACAUGCGGGUACUGCCCAUGCCCAUGCCAAUUCAAUUAAUUCCUAA